AUGGCCGACCCUCUGGCCAUCUUGGGCAGCGUCGCAGCCUCUUUCCAGCUGGUGGAAGUCGCAGCGAAAACCUUGCUCGGCACAUUAAAGUUCGUCCGGGAGCUUCGCGACAUUCCGCGAAAGACGGCCGCCCAGCUCGACGAUGUCGACAGAUCCACGGAAAGAGUACGGUACAUGUGCACUUCCGUCCUCGGCGCAGGGUCCGUCGCCGUGGACAAUGUCGACUCUGCAAUCCUUGCCCGCCUGUCGACCUGCGCUGACGGCUUACGUUCAGCGUUGGAUGAAGCGCAAGGAAUGCUGAAGCCGCUGGUUGAUGGUUAUGAUGCAGCAAAGAAUAAACCUGUGCGGCGGCUUUGGAAUGCCGUGGUGUCGACGACUCGGGAAUCUUCUAUUCUGGACAGACUUCAGAAAAUUGAUAAGCUCAACUUGGAGAUGGUUGGGGAACUGCAAAUUGCGGGGUUUGCAGUGCAAGCUGAUAUUCGAUCCACACUAGGUCAGACUUCGACUUUGGCGAGUAAUCAUCACGACGAAUGUAUGGAUCGCCUCGAUGCUUUGGUCGAGUCAGAUAUAGACAGUCGAGAAGCCAUCGAUGCGAGUCACGACGAGAUGGUUGCCGGCUUUCGGGCCAUCAGUAUCUCCAGUGAUAAAAUGAUCACUGCAACUAGUUGUGUGCAGCGCAGCAUAUCUCAAGUCAGCAGUAACAUCGAUAUCUUGGGAGAGAAGACGGACUCAAUAUACCAGCACACUUCAGCCAUGACCGAAGGAAUGAACGCUCAGUUCCGAAUGACACGUACUGAUAUGCAGAGGCUCAUAAGCCAAAGCGAAAGUAGGAUGAACAAGGAGCUUCAAGACGUACGCGACCAACUGAUUGCUGUCCUUACGGGAUCGGAAAGUCCAAGUGAGGCAUCUUCACGGACGAGCAUCUCAGGUAUUCUCAACCGCAGUGCCGAAGAGCAGCGACUGCUUCAAAUCAGCACCCAGGUGGCUUUGAUGCGUCGCCCUACUGCUCUAAGGGACGCCUGGGGUAAUUCGAUCAACACAAGGCAACGCUUUCUGCCUUGUUGCUGUCGGCCAAGAACGACUUCAGAAAUCACGAGUAUCUGGGGAUUGAGACUCAGGUCUUCAAGGAGGUCAGAGCACCGUGAAAGCUGCCAGUAUUAUAAGAAUGGACAACAAUCAUGGGCCUACUCUUUUGGUGCCAGUUUCUAUCCCCUACUGGGAAGAACUAUCGAAAUGGCUCUUGGCGCUGCCACUGGACCUGGGGUAUGGAGCGUGACACCCUCUUUGAGAAUCUCCAAAGUCGUAAAACGCUCAGAAUCGCCAAUCUUCCAAGCAUUUUCAAUGCUCCCAGAAUCCUGCGCAACUUGGAGCAAUGACGACCAUCGAUUGAUUUGGGCACCUUGCCUGGCACAACAUCUCGAGGUUCUUAACGGAAACAUUCAGAAACAAGUUUCCCUUGGGCGAUUCUCUGGAUAUGAAGUUGGCGAGGAUGGAUACACACUAUUAUUUGAGCUAUUCCAUCUUAUCAUCCUGCUCAAACAGCAAUGGAGCUCCUUUCAAUUACAACUUCAUAUGCUCCUGAAUACAAUCAUAAUGUCUGGCGUAGAUAUCAAUGCAAGAACUAAUGCGGCAAGUUAUGUUAUAGGGGGUAUGGAAGAUCAUGAGAGCGACUCCUAUUCAAUGUACGUUCUUCUGUUAACAAAUCGUAUUUCGGAGCAAAUGCUAGAGAUGGUUACUUACUAA